CGCGACGGCUGCUCGUCAGCGCUCUGGCCCGCAGUGUUCGGCGAACUGCCGGAGCUUGCUGACACGUCGACCAUCCCGCUGCUUAACCUGUGCGUGCUACCAUGGCUGCGGAUUUUCCAUCACCCUCUUUGCUGGCGCUUUCCGUGGCGAACAACGAGUUUACGCCAGAACUUUAUGCGGUAAUAGGACAAGAACUAGGAAAUAUAUUCUUCUCGCCGAUAAGUAUACAUUUAGCUCUCAUUUUGGUGUUCCUUGGAGCAGGCGGUGAAACUUACAAAGAGCUUUUGAAAGGCUUACACUUGCUGGAUGAGAAGCAGCUGGUUGCGGAAGGAGCAUAUGCAAUGAUGGAAAGCCUUGUGGAAUCAACAGACGUCACACUUGAAACGGCGAACGCGAUGUUUUUGCAAGAAAAUUUUCAGAUCAAGGAAGAGUAUAAGAAUUCUGUGAUAAAGCUUCUUGCAGACGUUGAAGAAGUUAAUUUUUCACAGAGUGAAAUAGCGAGGAAGAUAAUAAACGAUUGGGUAGACAAAAAAACGCAUCACAAGAUUAACAGUAUUAUCCCUACUGGCGUUCUGAACGGUCUAACUCGCUUGGUGCUAGUGAAUGCUAUUUAUUUCAAAGGCGACUGGAUGAAACCAUUCAACAAAAAUGAUACUAAACCUAUGUCUUUCUACUCAACAUCAACAGACGUGAAGUCUGUUGAUAUGAUGCAUAUUAAAGGUAAAUUCCAGUACGUUGAAGUGGAACCACUGAAGACCCAAGCUAUCCUUCUUCCAUACAAGGGGUCACGAAUCAGUAUGUUAGUGAUACUACCUAAGGAAUUAAACGGACUGACAGACGUCGAGAAGAAACUUGGCAAUGUAACUCUUCAGGAUAUCCAGUACAGAAUGGGCGAAGAAGAAGUGGAUGUAUACCUACCAAAAUUCAAAAUGGACUACGAAAAGAGCCUAGUUGAAAUUCUAAAAACUCUCGGCAUGAAAUCCAUGUUUGAUGAAAAAUCGGCCAACUUGAGUGGCAUCAGUGACGAGUCACUUACAGUGACCCAUGUUCUGCACAAGGCUUUCAUAGAGGUUAACGAGGAGGGAACGGAGGCAGCCGCAGCGACAGCUGUGGUAACAUCUACAAGGUCUGGCGGAAUACGCUUUCAUCGGCCGGUGACUUUCAAGGCCGACCACCCGUUCGCGUUCUUCCUGGUGGACCAAGUUUCAGGAGACGUGCUCUUCGCUGGCCGCCUGCAGACUCCCCCAGCGUAAACAGGGAUCGGGGCUCUGUUCUCA